AUGACAGUAGACUCAGGCCAUGGCUUGAAAACAGUUUCACUGGUUAAGGCCUCACAACCUCUCGAUGACAAGUUGAACUUCGAUAUUCGGGACUCAACAGAUUCUCCUCAAACGUGGUCCAUGAUCUCCAGACGGAUGGAAAUCUGUUUACGACAUCAUAGUCUAUGCACUCCUAAACCGAGAAGCAAGAAUUACAGACCAACCCGAUUAUUAAAGAUAAAUUGCCCGCAUGGUACGCACUCACAAGAUACUGCCAGCUUCCAAUUAAUAAGCAGAGGUGAAGAUUCUGAUGUGUUUUCAUACGCCACCUUGAGUUACCGGUGGGGCGACAAACCGUUAGACAAGGCCCUUCAACUCUUGAAGUCUACAUCUGCUUGGCUAGAGAAGUCCAAUGCGGUUGAUCACUUGCCAAAAACGUUGAAGGAUGCAAUAUAUAUCGCAUAUCGCUUCGGGGUUCGAUACAUGUGGAUUGACCGCCUGCGCAUCUACCAAGACUCGCCCGAAGACUGGCGCAGAGAAGCCGGGACAAUGCAAGAUGUUUAUCGAAAUUCGGUAUUUUGCGUCUCCGCUCUCGGCGCCAAUGAUGACGAAGGAGGCUGUUUCUUUUCACGCGAUCCGUCGUUAGUGGCUCCUUCGGCUGUCGACAUAUAUGAUAACGGGGAAACUUUCAGGGUUGAGCUUGAAGACACGGCGUGGCAUGCGGCAUUCCGGCACGAACCUCUUAUCCAACGAGCGUGGGUUUUACAUGAAAGACUUAUGGCUCCUCGGAUCCCCACCGACGCGGACAAGCACGAAAAGCACGUCGAUAUUGGCUUCCCGCUCUGGAAGCAGCUCGUCGCUAUACCCACCACUCCGUGUAUGACAAGAGACUUACAUACACGGAUCCUUGCCGAUUGGAGUGCUACCAUAAGCUUGUAUUCAAAUACGAAGCUCAUCGUAUCAAGGGAUAAGCUUGUGGCCGUAUCUGGGCUAGCGAAGGAUGUUAGAAACGCAUUAAAACGUCUCAUACCGGGGAGGCAUAGGUACCUAGCCGGCUUGUGGGAAGAUCGCUUGAUAGAAACAUUGGGUUGGUAUGUUAGAGUCGGUAUCCCGGCGUCCCGGGCGGCCUGUUAUCGUGCGCCUUCGUGGUCCUGGGCUAGUCUUUACGGCCAUCUUAUCAUUCCGGAUACAUUCCGCGAAGGGGCGGUCGAUAUUGGCUCGUUAUUGUCCGCUAAUAUAACCCUUCUUGGCGCUGAUGACACCGAAGAAGUGACUGGGGGCAUACUGGCGCUACAUGGGCCGGUUUGUUUAAUCGACGCUUACGCCUUGUCGCGCAAUCAAUACGCUGUAGAGACAUUUCGAGAAUUCGGCAGUGGCCAUUCAGUCAAAGUUAGAGCCAAUGAGAGUUGGCAGCAUCAGCCAACAGUCAUCUUCGAUACUUCAGACGACUUUCGUAAUAAGUUCGCGUGUAUCUGGACCAUCGCGGUAGUCUUAGGGGGAUGGCAGGUAUCUGGGCUAGCAUUGCACCAUGUGAGGAAUGAUACAUUUCUUAGAGUUAGUGUCGUUUCUUUGUAUAAUUCGAGUCAGGCCGAUUUGGGUACUUUUAUCGACUUGUUCUCUCGAAGAGAAGUAAGACUUAUCUAA